GACAAGUUUGUUAGGUUAGCUUUUGAUGAAGAUAUGUAACUUCCAAAUAUUUAUUUUUUUCGUUAAAGAUGAGUUCUAUGUUAAGUAUAGCUCUGAGGUGUUCGACAAAUAGUAUAAGAUUACCACCAUAUAGACUUCAGAAAACGACAACAUUAUUUCAACAGGCGAUAAUCAAAAAUUGCAAUUCUAUCGGCGGUUUUCGUUCAGGCCUGAGCGUGAUAUCAAGAAAUUUCUGCACUAGAAAUAUAGACAUCAACACAAAUGUUGCGAAAGAUGUAGUACUAUUUACAUACGAGAACCCAAAAUUUUAUAAGGUAAUAAAUAUUUUCGGGAUUGCUCAAUUUGUGUUCUGGACUUAUUUAUCACAUUUUGCACUGACAACUUUAAAAGACGCACCGGUCGAGGAAAAUCCUGAAGUUGAGUUAUCGUGGUACCAACGUAUUAAUCUUGGAGAAAACAAAUACAGAAAUGGAAUUAGCGUAUUUUGCUUUUUAGUUGGUUAUGGCAUUUUGUUUUCUGUUUGGAUGUUUACACUAAGAUCAGUGCGAUUUCUUAUACUAAGAAAAGGUGGUAAUGCCGUUUCGUUUGUUACCUAUGGUCCUUUCAAUAGAAAUCGCAUUAUGGAUGUACCCUUGAAUUGCAUGUCUGCACAGGAGGCACGUGAAUUAGCUAAAGUACAAUUACCAAUUAAAGUAAAAAACAAAUCGCUGUAUUAUGUGCUCGAUAUGCGAGGAGAAUUUAAGAAUCCAAAGCUGUUUGAUUAUACUGCAGGCCUUAAACGAAAUUUAUAAUAAAAUAAAUUUUCUUAA